CUUUGAUGAAAACUUUUUUCUUUUUGGUUGGAAGACUUUGAAUACGUGGACUGAGUUGCAAUUAUCCUUCACGCAAUCUCACAAGGCCUCUAAAUCGAACCAAAUAAAGGAGUUUGCAAGAGCUACUACUAGCCAACCCCAAUGAUCAAACGCAAGGGAAGGAAAGCAAGACACAUAUGAUUUUCUGUUUUUGUUUUGUGGUUUUUUAUUUUGGCCGGUUCAUACGUUCUCUUUCAAAAUGGGGCUGUCCCGGUGAAGCAUUAUUUCUUAAAAUAUUGUUUGGGAUCGAUAUAAACCACACUUGUAAAGAGGAUGCUUCCUCGCUGUCCGAGAAUUGUAGAGACAAUAGAAGAAAUGGGUGUGAGAAAUGGCAAAAUCGUGGUGAGGCGAACCAUCUUUCUUUUCCACAACCUCCAAAUGCAAAUGAAGUGGCAAGUGUGGUAAGGUUCGGUUUGAGGGAUCAAUUGUGAUACCCUCUCGGAUGACUGACAUUUCCUCCACCGAGACGGCAGUUUUGGCUUUUGAUCAAAAUGGUUUAAUCUGGGCACGGAGCAACGACCCCAUAUUAUAUUAUAUCAUCACACCUAACUUCAAUUCUACAAUUAAGAAGAGUAUGCGUUGACAUACAGGGGGACCAUACGUUAUACAACAUCUAUCUAUGUUAUUGGUUAUUCUCUUGCCGUCGUAGUCAAGCUUUUUGGAGGUUAGCUUUUGUUCAGAGAUUCGAUCAUCUAGCUAAAUGGCGGGUUGAAUAGGUCAAUUGAGCUCUUAAUUAUUAUUAUUAUUCUCUUGAAAAUUCGUUCACCGUAUUGGGUAAUCGAGUCUAUCCAAGUGAAGCUUUUUCCUAACAGCUUUCGUCACCGAGACAAUACCAUAACGAUUGAUGUUAGACAAGGAGCCAAAAAGAAAGGAUUGGAGAAAGAUCUGAUUCGGUCGUGAAAGCCAAAACGGUGAACGUUCACUGAUGGAGACAGAAAGGAUCAUUGGGGAGGCGGAGCUCCUGGAGAUGGGUGAUGAUCAUCUAGGAUUCAUGCAGACUCAGUCCUAUCGUCGUUUUUAUUGACGGAGAGAAACAAAUCUGAGAAUAGAUUACUCGAGAGUGGGAGGAUGAGCGGCGGUCUGGGAAAGGGAAAGGAAGCAGUGAAGCUGGACGACGAGCAGCUGGCCGAGCUGAGGGAGAUAUUUAGGUCGUUCGACCGGAACAAUGAUGGCAGCCUGACGCAACUGGAGCUGGGGUCGCUCCUCCGGUCACUGGGGCUGAAGCCAAGCCCCGAUCAGCUGGAGGCUCUCAUCCAGAAGGCUGACCGGAACAGCAACGGUCUUGUCGAGUUCUCUGAGUUCGUGGCCCUGGUGGAGCCCGACCUCAUUCCUGCCAAGUGCCCCUACACCGAGGACCAGCUCAAGAAGAUCUUCCGCAUGUUUGACAGGGAUGGCAAUGGAUACAUCACGGCUGCCGAGCUCGCUCACUCCAUGGCCAAGUUGGGGCAUGCCCUCACCGCUGAGGAGCUGACGGGGAUGAUCAAGGAGGCCGACACCGACGGUGACGGAUGCAUCAAUUUUCAGGAGUUUGUCCAGGCCAUCACUUCUGCUGCCUUUGACAAUUCCUGGGGGGCAGUUGCAGAAGGAAUACACUUCAUGGCGAUGCGUGUGGUACGAAGUCGUCUUGUUUUUUUAUGAUUCAUCAUAGCAAGGAACUUUGAUUUUUGCCAUUCAAUCAAUCAGCAACUAGUUUCCAUUAGCUACAGUCUCUCACCUAACCCUGUAAAUGGGAUCAUCGCCUUCAAGAUUUUUAAUGUCAGGCUUAUGUUUGAACUGAAGCAAAGUAGAAUUUCACGAACCCUUUCA